AUGGCCGUCCAAAAAGCACCUCCACCGUCCCGUCCGGAGCCCAACGACGAGACCUUCCAGCUGCAGCUCUCCUCGGGCAACGGGCCCGUCUACCGCACCGUCCUCCGCACGCCACCGCGCGACGCGACCCCCGCCGAGAUCCCCAUAAUCGACAUCUCGGGCAUCUUCAGCGCCUCCCUGACCGACCGCAAGGCCGUGGCCACCCAGAUCCACGCCGCGGCGACCAACAACGGCUUCUUCUACAUCCGCAACCACGGCGUGCCCGCCGCCGUCACCGACGCCGCCCACGCCGCCUGCUUGUCCUUCUUCCGCCAGCCCCAGGAUGUCAAGAACCUCGCCAACGCGGCGCAGUCGGCCUAUUUCAACGGCUACAAGCCCCCGCGCACCCAGCGCAUCAACCCCUCCGAGUCGGUCGACAACCGCGAGACCUUCUCGUGGACCUACGACCCGCGCUGCGACCCGGCCGUGCCCUCGCUCGAGUCCGUCCCGCCGCGCGUCCGGGCCUUUCUCCGCAUCGAGCCGGAUGCCGAUAUCAACGACGCCGGCUCACCGGGAGAAAGAGAGGACCAGAACCAUCUCCGGCGCUUCCCCUGGUCCCGGACAAAGACAGUCCCUCACUUCGCCCCCGCCGUCAUCGAGUACUGGCGGUCCUGCCUCACCCUCGCCCGCGCCCUCGUGCGGUCAUUCGCCCUCUCACUGGACCUCGAGGAGACCUUCUUCGACUCAAAGGUGACCCACCCGGACGCAGCCCUCGCCCUGAACUACUACCCACCACUCCCGCCAACCCCACCGCGGUCUCCCGAGCAUUUCAAAGCAUCAUCACCAGCUUCUUCGUCAUCACCAUCACCCUCCCCACCCCCACAAGCACGACCAGACCAGCAGCAGCAGCAGCAGGAGCAGGAACAGGUCUCGAUCGGCUCCCACACCGACUUCCAGCUCUUCACCAUCCUCUGCCAGGACGCCGUCCCGGGCCUGCAGGUCCUCUCCCGCGAGGGCCAGUGGCUCAACGCCCCGCCCGUCCCGGGCACCUUGGUCGUCAACAUCGCGGACUACCUGCAGCGCAUCACAAACGACCUGUACGUGUCCACCGUGCACCGCGCCAUCAACAACGGCGGCACGCCACCCUCACCCAUCUCGCAUCACAGCAGCCGGCAGCAGCAGCAGCUGCAGCAGAGUCGCCACAACAGGGAGCGCGUCAGCAUGCCCUUCUUCUUCGGCUUCAACAUGGACGAGAGCUGCGCCGUGCUCGACAGCUGCGUCGCCGCCGCCGGCGGGGUCAGGAGGUACGACGAGGUCAGCUGCCACGACUGGGUGCGGCGCCGCGUGGAAGCCAUGCACGACACGAAGGGGGAGGCGGGAGAGGGGGAGGGAGAGGCUGCGCGUGGGGAUGAUAGGUGA